UUCACGAAGUUUCUUGAUGUUUACUUCCGUCAGUUUAUGUGAGGCCGACGAAGUGUCAGGGGUAUGAAUAAAGCGAAACAAAGGAAAUUAAUUCUCAGAUAGUGGAUUAAAAGAUCAUAACAUGGCUGAUGAGGACGAUAAAAAGGAGUACCGGUGGGAAACCGGCUACGAGAAAACAUGGGAGGCGAUCAAGGAAGACGACAACGGUUUCUUGAAUGAAUCGAUAGAAGAGUACACUCGUACCAUCAGGAAGAGGCUUCAGCUGGAUAAGAAUGUUGGAGCGAGAUUGGGAAUGAUGAGACACUUAUACGUCAUUCUUGACUGCUCGGAAUCAAUGAUGAACCAAGACUUGAAACCAACUCGGUUACUUUGUUCUCUAAAACUUCUGGAAAAUUUUAUUGAAGAAUUCUUUUACCAAAAUCCAAUAAGCCAAAUGGGAAUAAUUACAACGAGAAAUAAGAGAGCGGAAAAACUUUCGGAGUUGUCAGGAAAUCCUAAAAAGCACAUUCAGGAAAUGAAAGCUCUGGAUAAAUUGUCACUAACGGGUGAGCCAUCGUUGCAAAAUUCUAUAGAAUUAGCUUUAAAAUCAUUAAAGUUAUUGCCUCCUCAUGCUAGCCGAGAAGUCCUGAUAAUAAUGGGCUCUCUCACGACGUGCGACCCAGGAGACAUUAACGCAACUAUAGAGAGUUUAAAGACUGAAAGUAUAAGAUGUAGCGUAAUAGGACUAACAGCUGAAUUGUAUGUGUGCAAGCGCAUGGCAUCAAUAACAGGUGGAGAUUACAGUGUAGUUCUCGAUGACAAACAUUACAAAGAUCAAUUAAGUACCCACAUCGAUCCACCACCCGCAGCCACCAGAUUAGAUGCAGCCCUGAUUAGAAUGGGAUUCCCACACCAUGCUUUGCACUUAUCCGCCACGGAUUCCUCAAUGAGUUUGUGCAUGUGUCAUGCAGGCACCACGGAAAUGUCGAUGAAACUUAUGUCGACUGGAUACUUGUGUCCACAGUGCUUAAGUAAGCAUUGCGAGUUACCGGUGGAAUGCAGAGCCUGUGGACUUACUUUGGUGUCUGCUCCUCACUUAGCUCGAUCAUACCAUUAUUUAUUUCCGAUCGAACACUUCCAGAAAGUAGUAGACAGCGUACCACUGCAUCGAUGCUACGGCUGUCAAAAGCAAUCGGAGCAACUCAACAAGAAGAUGUAUAUCUGCAACAAAUGCAAGCAAGUGUUCUGCAUGGAGUGCGAGAUCUUCAUUCACGAGUCCCUGCACACGUGUCCAGGAUGUGCAACGAACCCGGAGACAUAUCACAGAUCUCAAGAUUGUAUACAAUCCACCAAUUAAUUAGGACUAAUUAGGAAAGUAAGCGUAAUCCAAUGUGAAAUAAAUAUACGUUGUUAAUUUUUCAUUAAGGGAUUAUGUUACGAUGGAAGUUUAAAAAAAUUGUCUCCUUUUUUUUUUUAUAAAUUCAAGUGAUAGUUUGUAGUUCUAAAAAGAAUAUCUAUUGGUUUGAAUAGAAAACCCUUAUUGUUUAGCGAGUUUACACUAGAGAUAAAUUUAAAUUAUUCUUUUAUUUAUAAACCAAAUCAAAAGGGAAACGUUUAAAUACAUUUCUCUCGAAAUAACAUUUUUAAUGUCAGCAGCAUUGAUAGUUACUACAAUUUUCAUUCUGUUCAUAUCAAACUUUCACACAAUCUUUUUACAUCAUGUAUACUGAUUUUGCAAUGUAUUUGCAACUGCGUUUGUUGUAGACAUUUUUAUACAAAAUUUAUUAGCAAAAAUCGAAAUUCUUUCUUUCGCCGUUUAUUUUCCUGAAAUAAAGUGCCAAAAAUGAAACGUGAUUGUGUAAGCAAUCAUUUAUUAGCGGCAAAUUACGAAACAGAAGACUGUGGACAUUUUUAUACUGCGAACACAAGACGAUAUGAAAACUAUGACGUGUGGCCACGUUUCACAUUUUCGUGACAUUACACGUUCCGUUAUGUUCGGCCAUUGUUAUGACAUUUGCAGGUUCCCGAUACAUUGCACGAUUUCAUGACAUUCAAUUUUUCAAUGUAUACUUCGUACGUAGUGGCGAGAGAGGAGUUUGCAUUUUUAAAAACUGCUCAUUUCCGUGACAUUUGAUUCCUCAAUGAGUAUCCCCUACACAGCCGU